AUGGCUAGCCUCAGCUUUAUUAUGGACGUCACCGACGACCACACCACCACAGCCGGCCGUCGUCCCCUCCCCUCUUUUAAUAAAAGGGACCGGUCCCCCGACGACAAGCCGUCUACUCCUUCUGGUGUCUCGGUUCAGGUCCCGGCUCAGGGUAGGUCUCACACAACCAGCCCCGGCCCGGUCCAAGUCGAGCAAGAUAUCAACCCAGCCGCCCCCGCGGGCCAGACCAUACGGCACGGUGCUUCACCCAAGAAACCCAAGCCCGUCUCCGUCGUCGUCGGUUCUGCGCCCGCAGCAACAGCAACAGCAACAGCAACAGCAACAGCAAAGGCAAAGGCGGGAACAACGACGACCAGCAAGCGGUCACGCCGACCAAGCAACACAGCAAACGACCCAAUGGACCGCUCACGCUAUGGAUCCGCCUCUUCCGCCUCGACCGUGAGCAACGCGGGCCUGCAACGGCCUGUUCCUCCACCUCACGUCUCACCCACACCGUACACGCCCAAGUACACGCCCAAGACGGGACGGGUGAGCAAGGCGAAGAAGGGUCUACCGGUCCAUGUGUGUGAUAUUUGCCGGCCUAUCAAGACAUUUACAAGGGCCGAGCACCUGAGACGCCACCAGCUGGGCCACGGAGCACCACAGUUCCAAUGCACGAGCUGCGACCGGGCAUUCCAUCGAGCCGACCUGUUGAUGCGGCAUCAGCAGAAGCACGAGACCGACGGUGACGCUGCUUCCAAAACGGGUUCAUCACACCAUAGCCCGCAGCCAUCGCCCUCGCUGUCCUUCCAGCAGGUCCAACAGUCUCCGCGGACCCCCCGAACCCCGGGCUCUGGGCUGCCGGCCUCUCUCACGGAGACGGAGUUACCAUCCGCCCCGAGCUCGGCUGCGGCAGUGAAACAGGCGGGAUUUGCCUCAACGGGAAGGCUCCCGCACCACGAAGGCGGAACCCCGGCCUCGUCCUAUAGAGGUGCUUCGCAACCCCCGCCGCAAGGAUUCCACCGCGCCUCGCCCUUCUCGCCCACUGUCUCGAUCGUCAAUCCCACGCGGCCCUUCCACGCCGGGGGCUACCAGCACCACCACCAACAACAAGCCCAACAGCAACACCGGAACACCCACACGCCGGCGCCCCUCUACGUCGUGACCGAGAGCCUGCAGCUGCCCAGCCUCCAUGCCACCGUCGCCGACCUGCCGGACCUGCGCGAUACCUCGUCGCCCAUCCCGUCGUCGGCCGCCACCGACAGCACCUACUCGGCGCCCUUGUCCGAUGUCUCCUCCCGGAACCCGCUGACCUCGAUGAUGACGCCGCGCGGCGGGAACCGGUCGCCGUAUCUCAGCAGUGCCGGCGCAACCACCGCAGCGUCAGCCCGCAACGACGCGGCUCCGUCUCUUGCUCACGGACCCAUGUUUGUGAACCCGUACCCGGGCCAUCAAGCCUCGGAGCAUGCGUUUGGCGGCGCCCAGGGCAUCUCGUCUCCUGUGAUGGGUGGAUACACCACAGCAGGAACGAACCACCAUCACCACCAGCAACAGCACCAGCAGAGCGGCUCGCUACCCUCCCUGCGCGCCCGGACCCCUCCUCUUGAUGCGUUCAGCCAUCACAGCUCCGAAACCAUGAUCGCGACGUCACCGCGCCUGCCCGCCCACUUCGAUCCCCUGAGCGGCUACGACCGCCGCAAAGACUCCAUGCUAGAACUGCACCACGACCUGCUCGUGUCCCAAGCCUCCCUCGAAGGCCUCGGCGUUCUCGGCAGUCUAGCUGCGGGUUAUGGUUCCGCCGUCAGCCCGGGCGUUGAAAUCGCCAGUCAUCACGGGGGUGGCAACGGGGGUGGCAACGGGGGGAGCAUCAUCACCGACAUGGCAGACCUGGCCGCUCUCGGCGGCAGCGGUAGUCCCGCCUUACCCGGCGCGCGCUGCUCGACAACGACGAACCUGACCACGGCGGGCGGCGUCGGCAUGACCAUCCCGCUGCCAGGCCCCAUUCGGGCCGCGAUCCCGCGGUAUCUUGAGGUGUACUGGGCAAGGGUGGACCCGGAUUUGCCGAUUGUGCACCGCACGUCGUUUGAGGCCGCGCCGGAGGAUGUGUUAAGGUGUGCGAUGGCGGCUGUGGCUACGCAGGGGUUGGAUAGUGCCGAGGACCGCGCGCAGGGUGCGGUGUUGCAUGAGUUUGCGUGGCAGGAGGUUAAACGGAUCCCCCAAUGGAGCCUCCAGACAAUGCAGGCGAUCCUCCUGUGCGAGCAUUUCGCACGCUUCCGCGGCCGCAAGGCCGUGACCCGACCUUCCGGGCCGUUCGAGUCUCUGUAUUCGAGGGCUCUGUACCAGAAUCCGGCUCUCCUAGACCGCUCCAUGCUCGCCGCAGAGCAACAGCAUCUCUCGGUGCACGAGCGAUGGCACAACUGGAUCGACACCGAAUCCCGUCGGCGCCUGCUCGCGGCCUGUAUCUUUGUCGACAUCCACGCUGCCGUCUACCAGCAGCAAGGACGCGUCCAGGACACCGACCUCAGCACGCAGCUCAUCCCCUUGCUCGGCCGCGCUACCGAACUGUGGGCCUGCGGGUCGGCGGAGGAAUGGGUGAGCAUCCUAGCUGCCGACCCGGGUGCUCUGCAGCCCGAACAUUUCCCGCCGUCCCUAGAGCACCUCACAGCCGACGGCGUGGCCGCGCGGUCGCUACCCGAUCGCAUGAUCAUCCUCAGCGUUCUCGCCCAGCACUUGACCCCCACGAGCCGGGGCGUUAGCAACCAGGGCGGCGGCUUCCUGUCAUCAUCUCCUCGUACGACAUCCCUUUCGCCGGGGAGUACACCAUGCCCGGAACUGGACCCUCACAACUAUCACCACGGCCCAUUCCACCCCCCACCACCCCAGCACAACGCCCGGAUGAUCAGCUCUUCCUUCUCCUUCGACGCAGAAGAGCGCAUCGCCACCCUCUUCCCCACCUGCCCCAUCGGCCAGACCUAUUUAGCCCUACACCACACCCCGCUGCGCGACCUGCUCGCCGUCAGCGGCGACUCGUGGGUGUUCUCGCAAAAGGGCAUACCCGAGGCGUCGUUCCUCGAGCAUCGGAAGCGCUUGAGAGCGUGGGUCGGUGCUGCCAUGAGCGGGAAGAGUGUCAUUCGGGCUACUGUCCAUGCGGCUCGCGCGAUCUUGGGGUUUAUGGGUCACCUGCCAAGUGCGCAGCAGCAGAAUUCCUCCUACUAUGGGUACGAGGAACAGCUACCGGACUACGAGUCGCUCUCGCUCUCCUUUUCCAGUUGGAACAUCAACAUAUCGGAUUACUGGGCCAUGUACGUCUGUGCCUUGAUCUGCUGGGCUUUCGCGCACUCGGCUUCUCCUGCGCAUCUGAAUCAGACCCAGAACCAGCCCCAAAGCUACAUCCAGGGCCGGGCCGGCGGAUCACGCAACACCACCAACACAGCAUCAACCACAACCGGCAGCUCCUCAUCUAUGACUCUCACCCUUCCCUUGUCUCAUUCCCGCCCUCAUCCAUACUCCCACUCCUCAUCACCCUCCUUAUCCUCGAGCGCCAUCCCCUCCCCCCAAAUCAACUCCCCCACACCCACACCCACACCCACCACCACCAAACAAGAAUCCACCGCCCUCACCUGGCUCCGCAACAUCGCUACAUCAGCAGCGGGCCCCAGGUUAGAAAUUAACGCGGCCGCGGCCAUUGGCGUGGUAGCGCUGGUGCGGAGGAGGUUAGAGGCCGAUUGGUUGGGAUCGAAGUGUCGGAGUCGGUUGUAUGUGGAUGCUGUUGGGGUGUUGGGGAAGGUGGAAGAGGGAGCUGGGUGGCGGUGGUUUUGA